GGGUCUGAGGGGGGAGGUGGGGGCUCCUGGGUCUGAGCAAAGAGAAGGGACCUGGAGACCAGGAGUCCUGCUUCCUGAACUCUCUGUCUCUCCGGCCCCAGCACAGGCGGCCCUUCCUCUGUGGCAGCCACAGAGGCUGAGAGAGGGCACAUGGCAGGUCCCCUGCUCCAGCCCCUGCUGCUCCUACUGCUGUCCUUCGCCCUGGGAUCUGCUGAAGAAGAAGCUGUCUCUGCCCUGUGCUCCGUGUCUGCCUCUGCCCUUCUCCACGCCUCUCUGUCUGAUACCGGAGAGAGGAUCAUUAAUGGAGUUGUAUGUCCAAGAGGCUCCCAUCCCUGGCAGGUGGCCCUGUAUGACAACAAUAAGCUCGAAUGUUCAGGUGUGCUGGUCCACCAGAAGUGGGUGCUCACCGUCGCCCACUGCCACCAGAGGUAUGGGACAGGGCAGCCAGUGCCACUCCAUGUCUCUCUCUGGGUCCUUCUUUUUCUCUCUCUCUCUCUCCCUGGUGAGUAUAUUGUGCAAAUGGGUAGUGAUCUUCGGGUUGAUGGGCGUGCCCAGAGGAUCAGGGCCACAGAGUCCUUCAUCCACCCCCGGUAUGACAACCGCACCGAUAACCAUGACAUCAUGCUGGUGAAGCUGAGCCGCCCGGCCAGGCUCUCGCCCACUGUGAGGACAAUCGACCUACCGUCUGGCACCAAAGCCCCUGAGACAAGCUGUACUGUGUCUGGCUGGGGCGUCACCACCGCGGAUGGAGCAGAAACAAAUCCAUCACAGCUCAUGUGCUCGAAUGUCAACCUCGUCUCCUACCAGGACUGCAAGAAGUUUUACCCGACCGUGUUGAAAAAAUACAUGCUCUGUGCGGCUCCCCCCGACGGGCUCUCCUACUGCUGCAAAGGUGACUCCGGGAAUCCGCUGAUUUGUGAAGGUUCCCUGCAAGGCCUGGUGUCCUCCGGCUAUUUCCCUUGUACCCCGCCCUUUGAGCCAGUGAUAUACACCCGCCUAUGCAUGUACCGCAAAUGGGUGUAUAAAACCAUAAAAGCCAAUUCCUAA